AUGGCUUUGAUUUCUUAUGGGUUCAAGCAAUUUUCCCUUCUUUUCAACUCACAGAUAAUCCAGCAAACCUUGUUGGAUGUAGGGGUUCAAUUCCCCUUCUCCUUUGCUGAGCCCAUUUCCCGAUCGGGUUUGAUCGCCCUUUGCAUCGUUUCUCUGAUCGAUGCGGUCGUUUGGUGGUUCAUGGGUUGCAUUAUCUCCAAGCACGUAGAUAAAUCAACCGCAUCACCCGUUUAUAAACUUCAUCGGACAAAACCCACCACCACUAAAUCCGCCACUGUUGCCGCCGCCACCGAGAAGGGUUCUGUUGUGACCCUAGACACUUCAGUAGCGACGCUCGAUCAUGAGAAGAAAGGGGAUGAAAAAUUAAAGGAUCGAAGUCAAGAUAUUAAAAAAUCGAAAAAAGGGAGUUCCCAAGGAGGGAAGGGUUCUUUCAGAUUAGGGUUUUCUCAACGAUAUGUUGAAGCUGAGCAGGUUGCCGCCGGCUGGCCUUCUUGGCUCAGUAGUGUGGCCGGUGAGGCCAUUCAUGGAUGGGUGCCUCUCCGUGCUGAUUCCUUCGAGAAGUUGGAGAAGAUUGGACAAGGUACAUACAACAGCGUGUUUCGUGCUCGAGAAGUUGAGACAGGAAGGAUGGUUGCAUUGAAGAAGGUUCGUUUCGAUAAUUUUCAACCGGAGAGCAUUAGGUUUAUGGCAAGGGAAAUCAUGAUUUUGCGCAGGCUUGAACACCCAAACAUCAUGCAAUUAGAAGGCAUAAUUACUUCCAAUAUGUCUAACAACAUUUACCUUGUAUUUGAAUACAUGGAACAUGAUCUUGCAGGACUAGUGUCUAGUCCUGAUGUCAAGUUCAGUGAGGCACAAGUUAAGUGCUAUAUGAGACAACUUCUAUCUGCAAUUGAGCAUUGCCACCUUCGGGGUAUAAUGCAUAGAGACAUUAAAGCAUCCAAUAUUUUGGUAAACAAUGAAGGAAUUCUGAAGUUAGCAGAUUACGGAUUAGCAAAUGUCAUAAACUCGAGAAACAAGCAAGUGCUAACAAGUCGAGUGGUGACGUUAUGGUAUCGCCCUCCUGAGCUACUAAUGGGUUCAACAGAUUACGGAUUACCUGUGGACCUUUGGAGCAUAGGAUGUGUAUUUGCAGAAUUGUACUUGGGAAAACCCCUUCUUAAAGGAAGAACCGAGGUUGAACAAUUACACAAGAUAUUCAAACUUUGCGGCUCUCCACCUGAAGAGUUUUGGAAAAAAACAAAGCUUCCUCAUGCAGCUAUGUUCAGACCCCAACAUGCAUACGAAAGUUCUCUACAUGAAAAGUGCAAAGAAUUUGCACCCUCCGCAGUGAGUCUAUUAGAAAAUUUUCUUGCCAUUGAACCUUACAAGCGUGGGACUGCCUCUUCUGCUCUCAUGUCUGAGUAUUUCAAGACGAAGCCAUAUGCUUGUGAUCCAUCUACCUUACCUAAGUAUCCACCAAACAAAGAAAUGGAUGCCAAAAAUCGUGAAGAUGCACGAAGGAAAAGGGCGAAUGCAAGAGCAAAAGAGAUAGAGACAACACAAAGGCCUAGAAGAGUCAAAAAAAAAUUCCAAGAAUUCAAUAGCCAUAAAGUGCCAAUCAAAGAGGAAGUAGAAGAAAACAUUCAAACUUUUCGACAGAAUGGCAACAAUACUAACAAUCUUUCCAAAGAACAAGGUGACAUUUUCCAAAGAGAGCCUCAGAAGCAACUAUAUGAUACAACAUCAGAGGCUUCCCAGGUCGCAACUGCACCAAAUCAAAGAGGAGAUAGCGCAUUCACAGCCCCAAUACCAGUCUCGGUAUCUAGUGGUUUUGCUUGGGUAAAGAAGCGAAAGGAAGCUACAUCUACAAUAUCAGAUGGUCUUAAGAGCCAAAUAAGUGCUUUGGAUCCAUCUUUUGCAAAUUACACCUUUAAAUUAACAAAAAAACAAAAUGGAUACACAAACAUUCCAGUUAAUUCAGGCGUGCAGGACUAUGAAAUUCGAAAACAGCAAAGAAGAAAACAUGAUUUUCCUGAGUCUUUUGAUGCAUCUGAAGCAUACCCAUUCUUGAAUAUUUCCAAUGAAUUAUAUCCAAAACCACCAUCCAAUGCCACAACCAAUCUUGACAAUGAUGAUACAGAAUCGCAUAUUGAUUUCUUAGGUCCUCUCUUAACAAAACCCCAUAGAAUAGAUGAACUCGUGCAAAAAAAUGAAAGUCACAUCCAACGAGUGGCUCGAAAAUCCAGAUUCGGAAGAGAUAAAUGAUUCAUUCAUUAUCCAAUGCAAUAGUCAGAUGAUAGGCGUACAUAUAAAACCAUACUUAGCAACAACAGUUCCAAGACCUACGUCCACAAUAGAGCUCAGAUUGACAAUUGCAACUUGACAGCAAAAACAAGCGAAAGGAAGCAGAAAAAGAAGAAGCUUCUACAAAUAUAUAUACAUUUAUUUGAGAUUUUCAGAUAAGUUUAAUGAAAA